AUGAGGAUCUGCAGCCCGCUGGCUGUGCCUUGGUGGCGUAUCCUCCUGCUCUCCUGGCUCUGGACAAUUGCCCUCGCCAAGGACGAGCCUAGCAUUUCAGCAUCCAAGAUUGAGGGAUACCCUCGCAACAUCAACUACUUCGAAGACAGCGACUCGAUUAUAUGGCACAACGUCGACACUGGCAACAUUUUCUGGUCCGAGGAUGCUGGCGUUCAGUGGGCCAGAGUCGCCGAUGUCGAUGAGGGCAAAGCUGUUCUGCUCAUCAUGCACCCCCAUGAAGCCAAAACGGCCUUCAUCCUGACCGCUGGCCAAGAGCAUUACAUGACCCAGGACCGCGUUUUAACAUUCAACGCCGCCGAUCCGAAGCGCAUGAUCUUCAACGGCAUGGACUGCGACGAGAUAUUUUGCGACGAAGCAGCUACAUUCACGACCGAUGGUUUCAAAACUGUACAAAAGCUUCGGGAAGAUACAGCUGGUUGCUGGUGGGCCAAGUCAUCGCCUGAAUUUUCCACUGGCGACAAGGAACUCGACAAGACUAGAAUUUUGUGCAUCAUCCGUGAUGAGUUUACGCCUCGAAAGCAAGAACAGCGACUCGUUGUUUCGGACGACUUUUUCAAGAAGGAAAAGGGCGAUAUUCAAGAAUUUGAGCCCGAUCUCGACAUCAACAAGCCUGUUCGUGGCGUCAACAAUGUCGCAGUCGUCAAAGGCUAUCUUUUGGUUGCCACAACUUCAGCCGGGAGUGAUGAGAUGGCUCUCUAUGUGACGGAUGACACGAAAAAGUGGCAUCGCGCCAUGUUUCCCAACUCAGAUUCACACGAACACUCUCACGCCAUCAAUCAGGGUGCGUAUACCGUUCUGGAAAGUACAAACUACAGCAUCCAAGUCGACGUCAUGACUUCGCCGCCCUCUAGGCCUAUGGGUGUUUUGUUCACUAGCAAUUCCAACGGCACAUACUUUACCGAGAACAUCCCAUACACGAAUCGUGACCGAAAGGGCCAUGUCGAUUUCGAAAACGUCAGCGGCAUCCAGGGUGUCUACCUUGUCAAUACCAUUGAGAACGGCGCAGAUGUUGACAAGCAUGGCAAAUCAAAGGUUUUGAUCAGCAAAAUAACCUUUGACGAUGGCAGAACGUUUGAAUCGCUCAAGGCUGGAGACGACACCAUUCACUUGCACUCAGUCACGGAACUAGACAACAUUGGUCGCGUUUUUUCCAGUCCUGCACCUGGCCUGGUCAUGGGCAACGGAAAUACCGGCAAAUCCCUCAAAAAGGCUUCAGAAUCGAACUUGUUUGUCUCGGAUGAUGCUGGUCGUAGUUGGAAACAAGCUCUUGAAGGCCAGCACAAGUACGAGUUCGGCGAUUCCGGUUCCAUUCUUGUUGCCGUUCAAGACUCAUCCAAGCCCGAUGUCGAAAAACUUUCGUUCUCCCUAGACCACGGUGAGAAGUGGGACUCUGUUACUUUUCCAGAUGGCUUAAAGAUUAAGCCCGAGUUCCUCACAUCUGUGCAAGACGCUACCAGUCUCAAAUUUCUUCUUGUAGGCUCUCGCAAGGGCGAAUACCACAGCAUCGCCAUUGAUUUUGACGGUCUGCACGAACGCAAGUGUGGCGAUGAUGACAUGGAAGAAUGGCAUGCUCGCGUUGAUGCCGACGGCAAGCCACAGUGUAUCAUGGGCCACAAGCAGACAUUUACCCGCAGGAAGAAGAAGGCGGACUGCUUCAUUCAGAGCGACUUCAAGGAGCCGAUUGCUAAGACCGAAGACUGCGACUGCUCAGAUUCUGACUUUGAAUGCGAUUACAACUUCCAGCGAGACCCCGAAGACAAUACCAAGUGCAAGCAAACAGGCUCCUUGGUCAUUCCUGAAGGCUCAUGCAAAGAGCGCGAUAAGUCCUUCAAGGGUUCCUCUGGCUGGAGGCUGAUUCCUGGCAACACCUGCAAGCGGACAGGUGGCGCUCAGAAGGAUGAUACCGUUGAGCGCGAAUGUAAAGAUGGUGGCAAGGAUGAUGAAAAAGACGACGGCAAAGAUGGCAAAGAUGGGAAAGACGGAAAAGAGGGAGACGACAGCAACCCCGCCAAUGGUGACGUUUCUCACAAGAAGAGUGACUUUGACACCGACUUGAGCGACUUUCAAAAGAUCUAUCUGGAACGCGGCGAUGCCAGCUCGUCAAAGGACGAGACAGUCAUUGUGCGCGCCGCUGAGCAAGGAAGUGGUGGUCAGUUGAAGGUCGAUGCCCGUCUAUGGCGCUCUCCCGAUCACGGCAAGAAAUGGGAACGCAUUCUUGAAGGGGAGGAGAUCCAGAACAUCUUUCCUCACGCUUACUUCAAUGAUGUUGUCUACUUCACCACUGCCAAGGAAAACAAGGUCUUUUACACCAUUGAUCGUGGACAGAGCUUUCAUCCGUUCACAGCUCCCUCUGAGCCGUAUGAAGAUGAUGGUCCAUUUAGCUUCCACCCGGACAAGAAAGAUUGGAUUCUCUGGGUUGGCAAGACGUGCGAGAAAGUGGGCAGCAAAGAGUCUUGCUACUUGAAGGCCUCUGUUUCAACUGAUCGCGGCGAUGACUGGCGCACCCUGCGAAAGUAUGUCGAACGGUGCGAGUUCACUGGUAACUCCGAAUACAACAUUCGUGCCGAGAAGCAGAUUGUGUGCCUUGCUCAUCGCGAGGAGAAUGAGGGCUCUCCCAUGACAAUCAUCACCAGCGACGACUUCUUUGAAGAGGAUGUGACCAUGUUGGAUAUCGAAGUUAGCAACUUCAUCACGAUGAGCGAAUACAUCAUUUUGGCCGAAAAAGACCAGAAAGCUGGAGGCGUCAAGCCCCUGGUCAGCGUUGACGGCAAGCAUUUUGAGAGCACACACUUCCCCUACAAAUUCCAGGAAGGUCAUGAGAACGAAUACACUGCUCUGGACAGCUCCACUCAUGCUCUCAACCUAUUUGUCAGGACAGAUGAUGGUGUAGACCACGAAUAUGGCUCCAUUAUCAAGAGCAACUCCAACGGCACAUCAUUUGUGCUCAGCGCUUCCAAUGUAAAUUGCGACCACACGCCGUAUGCAGACUUUGAAAAGGUCGCAGGCCUGGAAGGCUUUGAGCUCAUCAAUGUCGUUACCAACCCUGGCAAGGGAGAAAAGACCAAGAAACUCCAAACGAAGAUUUCGCGCAACGAUGGUGCUGAAUGGGGUUAUCUUGCGCCUCCCAAAAAGGACAUUGAAGGCAAGUCGUAUUCCUGCAGCAGCUCGAAGGGUGACAAAUCUUGCGCCCUCCACAUCCAUCAUUACACGGAACGCGACGAUAAGCGCAAGACAUUUGCCGCGGCCACGGCUGUCGGCCUCAUGUUUGGAGUCGGCAAUGUUGGCCCGAUACUCGGUGACAUCAAAGAAGCGGACACAUUCAUGACUGCCGAUGGCGGUAUCAAUUGGCACAACGUCAAGAAGGGGCACUGGACCUGGCAAUAUGGUGACCAGGGCUCCAUUAUCGUUUUGGUGGAACGUGCCACUCACGACAGCAAAGCUACUACCAACAUGGUCUCUUACUCCACGGACGAGGGCAAGACAUGGACCGACUACAGGUUCGCAGACGACAAAGUGACUGUGCUUGACAUCACCACGCUGUCUUCUGGCACCUCGCGAAACUUUCUCCUCUGGUGCAGAUCCGAGUCCGGCAAACUUUUCACUGUCAAUCUCGACUUUACUGGCCUCACUGACAAGCCCUGCAAACUUGGCAGCCUCGGCAAGGAAGGAGGCGAUCCCGAUUACGAUCUUUGGUCUCCAAAGCACCCGAUGCAAGACGACGACUGUGUCUUUGGCCAUGUCGCCAAGUACCUCCGCAAGAAGACGGACCGCAAAUGUUACAAUGAGCAGGACAUUCAGCGACUGUACAAGAAGGAGAACUGUGCCUGUAGCCGACGUGACUAUGAAUGUGCCUACAACUUUGAAAUGGACAACAGCGGGCAAUGCCGCUUGGUGGAGGGAUACGAGCCACUGUCUGGCAAAGAGUGGUGCGAAAAGUACAACGCUACGACGUACUUUGAGCCUACAGGCUACCGCCGGCUGCAGCUGACGACGUGCGAGGGCGGCAAGGAGUUUGACAAGACAUCCACGGAGCACGACUGCGCCGGUUACGAGGGCGAAGUGGCCAAGAAGCACAAGACGUCGGGCGUGGCCAUUUUCUUUGCCGUCGUCAUCCCCAUCGCGGCGGCCGUGGCAAUCGGUUGGUGGGUGCAUCGCAAUUGGUCCGGCAAAUUUGGCCAGAUUCGUCUAGGCGAGUCGUCGUCGACGUUUGACAGUGAUCAGCCCUGGAUCAAAUAUCCCGUGAUUGCCAUUUCUGCCGUGGCCGCCGUGGCCGCUGCGCUGCCUGUUGUAGGCGUCAGCGUGUGGCGCUCCGCCGUCGGCGCGUACCAGCGCGCGGGCGGGGGCAGCGGGGGGCGCAGCUGGAACCGUCGCUUCACGACGAGGCAGAGCUUUGCGCGUGGGGGCGGGUAUUCCCAGGUGGAAGAUUACGAUGGGGAGCUGUUGGGCGAGGACAGCGAUGAGGACGUAUAA